GAUACGUGAACAUUAAAUUCGACAUAAUUAAUAUUUAAAAAUGUACCCUUUUAAAUUGAUUGCAUUCUUCAUUUCGGCGCUACUCGUGAGUGAACUGAAAUCUGCAAUAAUAAGUUGCAAUUGCCAAAAUAAACCAUCACCGACUUUAUCCAGUGAAUCUGAUCAGAGUUCUUCAACCAUUACUACUCAGCAGGUAACAACAGCUGUAGAUGACUUAAUGUGUCUUUCAACUUGUCCCAUCAUGCAAGAGAGCCCUGUUUGUGGCACUAAUGGUGUUACCUACCCUAGCCUGGGCUCUCUCGAAUGUGCAAAAUCCUGUGGCGUUGAUGUUAAUCUUGUAUCAAACGCACCUUGUCCUACAAGUGGUUUACAACUUUAUUUGUAAUAUUGCUACUAAUUGUAUUUAAU